CUGGGUUUUCCUCCAUCACCGGAAAAUUCUGCUUCUCCGGGAUAAGUAGAUUCCAUUUCAUAACCAUGCAAUCCUCUGCUGAGAGUGACUUCGUUUCCAUCUCCGGCGACAUGACCGUUCUUGAUCGGCAGGCUGCCGUCUUCCACAGGUUCUACCAGCAGCCGAUUCACGCCACCGACGACGCCGGGAAUUCGUUUUCCGGCGUGCUUGACGGCAACUUAGCGUCGCUCUGGAACUUGAACGAGAACUCCAGGAAGGAAUCCGCCAAUGUUUUGUCGCGCUCCAAUUCUUCUGUGACGGCUGUGGCGGCACCGACGACGUUAAAGUUGAACGCCCGGAACACCACCACUCCCGGCGGGAGAUCGACGAGGAAGAGGAAAGCAGAGCAAUGCUUGGAAGAGAAGAAGUGGGAAGCAGAAACCGGUGAGGCUCAGUCGGAAAUCACUGUGAAAUCGGAAAGGGAGAAUUCCGGGAACUCUGCUUCUAAACAGAACAAGAAAGCCUCUAACGAGAACGACGCCGUUCAGAAGUCCAGUAAUUACAUUCAUGUUAGGGCUCGCCGUGGCCAAGCUACCGACAGCCAUAGCUUAGCAGAAAGAGCAAGGAGGGAGAAAAUCGGUAAGAAAAUGAAGUGUUUGCAAGAUUUAGUUCCCGGCUGCAACAAAGUUGUUGGGAAAGCAGGAAUGCUGGAUGAAAUCAUUAAUUACGUUCAAUCACUACAAAAACAAGUUGAAUUCUUGUCGAUGAAACUAGCUGUUUUGAACCCGAGGCUAGAAUAUGGCAACGAUCACGUAUUCCCAAAAGAGGUGGCAGCAUACAUGGGAGGAUAUUCGAGUGGGCAAGGAGAAGGAGUAAAUGCAGCGUUUCUUCACCAUCAAUGGCAACAACAAUUAUUAGCGACAGCCACCAGCCGAGGAGGAAGUACAGAAAGUGAUGUGUCUGUAUCAGAAGACGUACAAACGAUAAUGCCCCAAAGGAAAGAACACCACAAUACCAAUAAUCAUAAUAACUCGUCCAUAUCCAUCCCUGACUUGUACCUCGAAUCGCCUUAUUUCUCGCAAGUGCAAGGCUGGGAAAGUGAGUGGUCAACCCCUUUUAAUGCAAGCUUUCACUGAUGAUGAAGUUACCAUACCAUGCAGAGAGGGAGUUCUUGAAGAUUCAUAAUAUUAACAGAUGUUUUAGAAUUAUCUUUCUUUUUCUUUUCUAUUUUUUUCUUUUUAUUAAAAUUCUUUUCUGCCAUUGAGAUCUAGUUUUGAUCGCAGAUUCAGCUGAUAAAUUGGCAUGCAUGUGAAAUAUAUAUAAAUUAAAGUCAUUGAUGAUGUUUAAUUUUUUACAAGUAUCUAUGGACAUUGGUUAUGUAUUCUUUUCGCCAAUGUAAACUCAAACUUCACGCACCCAACCAAACGUAACUUUCAUGUCUUGAUCAUCCAUUAUUACCUUUACAAGUGUGCAAACGAAGCAACUAAGAAGACACUCGAUCAUUUGGUCUAUAAAUAAAAGAGAAAUCCUCGAAGCUGUAAUCAAUCAAAUCAAGGCAUUACACUUUUCACUAACAUAUCGGAUGUAUACAACUAUAUAUACAUGGAGGAAAAGGGUGGGGUUACACAAGAUAAUGGGUUAGGCCCUAAUAACAAAUGAGUGUUUGAAUGCAAUGAACAUUUCCA